AUGCCCCAAACUCGCCACAAGAGGGGAGCAGCACCAAAGCAACCCAAUCACCGCCAAACGAACAGCACCCCGCCGAGCACAGACCCGCACCCUGCAGGCGACGUCGACGUGGCAUCUCCAACGAGUGGCAGCCCAAACUUGAACAAUUCUGAGAAUUCGCAAGUGCAUUCUGGGGAUCCCACGUCAACUGUAGAAGCCCCAGCUGCUGCCGGGCCCACAGUAGGUCCACGACCCAGUCCUGACCUCGCAGCUCCAGUCCCGGCCAAUACCACCAAUGGGCAAGCAACAGUUACCAGCUCUGCAACCGGAAUCGUCAAUUUGAACAUCCCGGAACCGCCCAUCAACCCACAGCUACUGGUCAUACCGGGUCCACCUGCGCCAACGCAGACACACGAGGAAUUACAGCAUAUGAUUUGUAAUUUGGAAGCACAAAUCAUUGCGAUGCAACAGAAUGCGAAUCCAAUGCCAGCUGUGAACCCGCCAGUCAGGCCGUUGCCAAAUGGUAUGGCAGCCCCAACGCAGAACGGUACAGCGGCCGCACCGACACAGAAUGGUAUGGUGCCGCCCGCACUGGUACCCGGACAUCACGGUGCGGCACAGGUAUCAGCAUCAAACGCGACUACCACCGCAGUAGUUGUACCCGCGCCGAACCAAAUGCUCGUGUCUGCGCAGAACACCGGUACCAGUACCAACGCUAGUGCUAGCACUGCUGCGAGUGGCAACACAGCAGGGCGGCCACCACCCAUGAUCCCUCGCCCGAAAGGCACGGCCGGCGAAGAUUAUAACCUGCAGGAAGCAAUGGGGUUAGCGAAUGACCCAGCUACGUAUAGGCAGAUCAAAGUGAGCCUUGUCAUGCUCGGCCCAUGGGUAGGAGAAAACUCACAGUUCAUCGAAGUGGAACUACCAGGACAAGAGCAUGUUAGCUAA